AUGGGCAUGGAUCAACUCGACAUCAGUCCAGAGGAGGCAACCCAAAUCCCACCAUACACCACGGAGGAGAAUGAUUGGUUGAAGCAGCAUUGGACCGACGAGUUCCACUUCCUACGAGCAUACGGCCUCAGCAUCUACAAGGAGGAACACCGUGCGGAGGGUCGGCUCAUGGUCAGAGCUUUCAUCGAGCAGGACAAGGAUCAGGAGUAG